AUGCACGCUCAGGUCUUAUCUGAAGCGUUGCUAGCAACUGCUAUAGUGGACCUUGUAAACAAACAAGGAAAGAUUAAGCAAUGCCGAGUAUUUCUGGAUGCAGGAUCUCAGGCACACUUUAUCACGGAAAAAACUGCUAAUUUUUUAAAUCUAGAUAAAAAACCGAUCAGCCAGACAAUGCCGUCCAUUUUUAUAAAUGUAACUCAGCUUGAAAUACCAAAAAACAUAUCCCUCGCGGACCCAGAGUUCUACAAGCUGUUUGAGGUCGAUGCUCUAAUUGGAGUAAAGCUUUUUUAUAAGCUCCUUAGUGUGGGACGAAUUUCCCUCAAAAAUCAUCCCGACGCUGUUCUGGACAAAACGCUGCUUGGUUGGAUAGUUGUUGGAGAAAUAAACAGCAAUUUGAGCGUUUCCAAUGUGUCGUGUCAUCUUAAUUUAAACUCACCAUCGUGUGAUAUAUCUUUAACCCGAUUCUGGGAGGUGGAAGAAAUUCCUUCUGUUGUUAUCUUAUCUUCGGAAGAAAGGGCUUGUGAAGAGCAUUAUAAACUCCAUACCACUCGGACUGUAGAGGGCCGGUACGUAAUUCGCUUGCCGUUCAACAGCAAGAAGAGCAGACUAGGCGAUUCACACUCAUCAGCCUUAAAAAGAUUUUUCUCUCUAGAAAAGCGGUUUCAGAGAGACCACUCACUCAAACAUGACUACCUUGAGUUUUUGCAGAAGUAUAAAGAAUUGGGUCACAUGUCGGUGUCUGAUGAUCCUGCUGAAGCUCAUUCAGGGUUCUAUCUUCCUCAUCAUGCUGUUCUAAAGGGUGACAGCAUAACUACCAAAAUCCAUGUGGUCUUCGACGGUUCCGCGAAAACCUUUACGGGAAUUUCCUCGAAUGACACGUUAAUGGUUGGUCCAGAACUUUAG